UCCUACACGGACACACACACGCACAGCCCGCAUUACUCGGUCUGCAUUUUGGAGUAGAUGAGGGUCCUCUUGGGGGGGAAGAAAGGCUCCAGAAACAAGAAUAUUUCACUGCAUGUGGGACAAACAAGUAUUUUAGUGUUUGCCUCUUUUUUUCGAGUUUUGCAAAACUUUCGGACUCAACUUUGGCUCCUGAUCCGCACGCGCACAAACCUCCGAAGAGGAGGAGGGACUGACUGCCAGGAGCCGGGAACUGUGCGUGGACUCUGAAAGUUCUCAGAUCCCAUCAUGACUUGCUUGUUAUGGCCUUCCUUGAUGAGCAAAUGUUUUCUCCGUGGCGCCUGAGCGAUUUCAAGUCAUCAAAUGAACUCACGGCGGAGGAACGCGACGGGAUUACCCGCGCGCUAAGAAUCCCUCUCGGAGGAAAUGGCAAGUCGUGCCACACUGAUGGAGCGAGCGCUGGCUCUGGUUUGUAGUGUCCUGGUCCUCAUCGUCGGCCUCUGCGUCGGAUCUCCGAGCCACGGCCACCGGCUGGUCUGCUGGAAAGCGAUCCUCAAGUGUCACGGAGAGCCGGAGUGCCAUUACGCGUACGACCAGUACCUCUACGCGUGCGCGUCUGUCAUCAGCGGGGAGCGCAAGAAGUGCCCGAGUCACUGCAUAUCCUCCCUGAUCCAGCUCAACCUCACCCAGAGCGGCCCGGCUCUGGAGGACUGCGACUGCGCCCUGGACCCGGUGUGCAGGAGCGCCAAGCAGGCCAUCGAGCCGUGCCUGCCGCGCACGAGCACCAUGGGCUGCACCGAGGCCCGGCUGCAGUGCGAGAUGGACCCGGCGUGCAGGUCGGCCAUGAGGGAUUAUCUGUUCCACUGCAGGAAGCUUUUCGGGGGGCAGAGGUGCUCGGAGGGAUGCCGCAGGGUCAUCGCCAACAUGCGCUCCAUCCCCAAGGCGCAGCAGCUGGACACGUGCGUGUGCGACGGCGCGGAGAGGAACAUAUGCGAGUAUAUAAAAGUCAGCAUGAAAACAUUCUGCUCCGAUUCCGGUGACAGGUUCGCCGGCAGCGGGUUCUCGGACUCUGAGGAGGAUUCAGAGGACGACUACAUAGACCAGGAGGAUUACCAGUACGCGGAGAGCUCCGGCGGCUUCUCACUCUGUCAGACUGUGCUAUUAAAUCUCCUGCCCACCAUUUUGGUCGUGAACACAUUUACAUGAAAAGCUUCCAGCUUUAUUGACAACUAGAAAGUCAGUUCUAAUGGCUCAACGAUCACACGGUGCCUCUAAAUCCAACCAAACUCUGCAUGUCUACACAGAUUCCUGCCAGGACCAAGAGGACAUUCUGAUCAUUUCUUUAAAAAGCAUGCAAAAGCAGGUAUUGAUCAGAUUGAAUAUUACACAUCUGAUCACACUGAAGGAGCCCAUUUUUUUUGUGUUUUCUCUACAAAGAUGUAAAUUGUACAGCAUAUUGUUGAAAUAUAUUUUUGUUAAAAUAUUUGUAAAUGACUGAAUAUAGAUUUGCACUGUAUGGAAAAGGUGAGUCAAGCUCUUGUACUGCAUAGAAGACAAAAUAUAUUUUGAUUAAAAGUGCCUAAAGGUGAAAGUUGCAUCAUUUGUUUCUGUCAAAACUUUCCCAAUAAGUACCAAAACUGUGGGCCACUAGAAAGCCCCCCCCAGUAUUCAGCUUACAAGAAGCUCUAAAGACAGACGUUUAAGCUUACAAAAAAGGAUGUUUGCUUAAGAUAUAAAGUAUUAAUUCCUGAAAAGUGAAAGGCAGCUCCUCCUCCUGGAGACCUGCAGCACCAGCAGAGUCCAUUCAGCUGGCUUGUUUAUCUACACCCCAUGUGUUUGUUAGAGGUCUCCACAAAGACACACUGACUGUGUUUGUUUUGGAGUGAGUGGAGGUCUUUAGCACCCAUGACCAACACAGACACGUGAAUGUACAAGCACAUUAAAUAAAUACGAAUUUGAAAAAGUGAUUACUCUCUGGACUGUGUGUGUAUAACAGAGAAAAUCUGGCUUC